AUGGCAGCUUCUCAGGGACGGCUGACGUUCCAGGAUGUGGCCAUAGACUUCACUCAAGAGGAGUGGGAAUGCCUGGACCUCGGUCAGCGGGAAUUGUAUAGGGACGUGAUGUUAGAGAACUACAGGAACCUGGCCUCCUUGGCAGGUCUUGUGGUCUCUAAGCCAGACCUGAUCACCUUUCUGGAGCAAAUGAAGAAUCCCUGGGAUGUAAGGAGACUGGAGAUGCCAGCCAUGUACACAGGUGUCUGCUCCAGAGGCUGCCCCAGAGCAUAG